AUGAUGUGAAACUCUGCCACCUUGCGCUCGCCUCAUUUUUUCUGGAGUGAUAUCCUCCUUUCACUAGGUUCCACACGGUUCUUCAAAUUGUGAACGUGUCUUGUAUAUGUGACAGACGAUUAACUGAAUUGUCCGUUUUUGAGUAAAAAGUAGUAGUUUACGUUCCAGUUGCUGUAAAAGUAUAUACGUCUACUAUAUCUGCAGCGGGCCGCCUCUCUGUGCUCAUCUAAUCCGGACUGUUACCGCUCCAGGGCGUGUAGUUGAUAAUCGAUGUAAUGGAUUGACAGAUGGAGGUACCGCAACAUCCUCAUCUCGCCACCGCUUGUUGAUGGAUAGGAGCCCACUGUUAAUGAUCUGCGCGAUGUCCCCGCUGUAACCGAGCCGCAAUGGCGGCAGCGGCGGCCGUCCAGCCCAAGGCCGCUCCGAGCGGCGGCGGCGGCGGUGGCGGAGGCGGGGGCGCGGGCGCGGGCGCGUGUGCAGCCCCGGACCACGGAGACAACCAACAUGCGCAGUACACCUCGGACCGCCACGCGCGCCUCGUGCUGGCGCAGAUCAACAAGAUGCGCGCUCGCGCCGAUUUCUGCGACGUGCACGUGCGAGUUGGCUGCCGCCGGUUCGCAGUGCACAGGCUGGUGCUGGCGGCCAGCAGCCCCUACUUCGCGGCGCUGUUCGCGGGGGGCAUGAGUGAGGUGAACAAAGAGGAGGUGCACAUUCUGGGACUGGAGGCGGACGUCUUUGAAAUCCUGCUGGACUUCAUAUAUACCGGUGAGGUCAAUGUGACUGUGGAAAAUGUGCAGGAGCUGAUGGUAGCUGCCGACAUGCUGCAGCUAAGUGAGGUGGUCACAAUAUGCUGCGAGUUCCUCAAAACCCAGAUGGACCCGUCCAAUUGUGUGGGCAUUUAUCAGUUCCUCGAGCAGAUUGCCUGCCUGGACAUGCUGGAGUUCACAGAAAAUUACAUCUGUGUCCACUUCCUAGAGGUUUGUGUCUCAGACGAGUUUGCAGGCCUGUCAAAGGACCAGUUGGUAAAACUGCUACGUAGUGAAGAGCUGAGGAUUGAGGAUGAAUACCAGGUCUUCACUGCUGCCAUGAACUGGAUCCUGCAAGAUGUGGCCAAGAAGAAGAAAUAUGUGGUGGAGGUCCUGGACCCUGUUCGCUUCCCCCUGCUUUCCCCACAGCGUCUCUUCAAAUACAUAGAGGGUAUUUCUGACUUUAGUCUGCGAGUUGCGCUGCAGACGCUGCUGAAAGAGUACACUGAAGUCAGCAAGUCCCCCAAGGACACCAAGUUGUUCAGUUUGCUGCAGCCAGCCAAAAGCCGACCAAGAAGAAAGGCAAGGAAGUACCUUUACGCUAUAGGAGGCUACACUCGCUUGCAGGGUGGCCGCUGGAGCGACAGCCGCGCCCUGAGCUGCGUUGAGCGCUUUGACUCUUUCAGCCAGUACUGGACCACAGUGUCAUCCCUGCACCAGGCUCGCAGUGGUUUGGGCGUGGCUGUGCUCGAAGGCAUGAUCUACGUCGUGGGAGGGGAGAAAGACUCCAUGAUUUUUGACUGCACAGAGCGCUAUGACCCUGUGACAAAGCAGUGGGCAGCUGUGGCCUCUCUCAACUUUCCCCGCUGUGGAGUGGGCGUGUGCUCCUGCCAUGGGGCCCUCUAUGCUUUGGGAGGAUGGAUAGGUUCAGAAAUCGGUAAAACCAUGGAGCGGUACGACCCUGCAGAAAAUAAAUGGGAGAUAAUUGGAAGCAUGGCGGUUCCUCGUUACUAUUUUGGUUGCUGUGAGUUACAAGGGUUUAUCUACGUGAUUGGGGGCAUCAGUGACGAGGGCAUGGAGCUGCGUUCAGCAGAGAUGUACGACCCCGUUUCCCGCCGCUGGAGCGCCCUGCCUGUUAUGAUGACACGUCGUGCCUAUGUGGGCGUGGCCAGCCUCAACAACUGCAUUUAUGCAGUCGGGGGCUGGAAUGAAGCGCUGGGUUCCCUAGAGACAGUGGAAAAGUACUGUCCUGAAGAGGAGAAAUGGGUGGAGGUGGCGCCCAUGGGUGUUGCGAGGGCAGGGGUCUCCGUGUCAGCUGUCAACGGUCUGCUGUAUGCGGUAGGGGGGCGGGCCUCCAGCCAGGACUUCUCUGCUCCCGUAACUGUGGAUUCUGUGGAGAUCUAUGACCCACAUCUGGACACCUGGACGGAGAUUGGCAACAUGAUAACCAGCCGCUGCGAUGGCGGUGUAGCCGUGCUCUGAGAACCAGCAAAAUCUGCAGCUUCAAAUAGGAGGGUAAAAAAGUGUACAUCAGAAAAACAAAAUGUGGACUUAGGGGUAUUGUUAACCUUCACCAUCUUAUUUUUUUUACUUGCUAUGUCAAUUGUUGCAGAUUUUGCUCAGAUUUCACAUUUUUUAAGUGACAGCCAGCAUUCCUGGCUGAUGGCAGCCAAGUCUCUUCCAGAGCACAAUAGAAGGACAGCAAGGGUGAUUGUGUGUUAUUUUCUGGAUUACUCAAGCAAACAUCUGUGCCAAUUGGAAAUGUUUUGCAUGCCAGGACAAAAAAACUUACUUGAAAGAGGUUAGAUCAGUCAUUCCUUGUGCCUGAUCUUAAUGGAAGAAGUUAUGGGAUAUCAAUUUUUUUAAAACUUUAUUUAUUUAGAGAGUUUAAACCCAAAAGAACAAUUAACUACUUGAAGUGAAAAUUAAAUUAAAUGAAAGGAAAUGCAAAAUAUUUUUGUGUAAUUUCAUUUCUUACAUUACCUGGUACCUCAAGUCUGUCUGUCAGGCAAAGGAUUUCUUUGAACCUUUUCUUCAUCUCUGGUUUUACAUUGAUUGUGAGAAGUUGCUGCCAGUGAUGUGCAGCUGGAGAGAUGCUCUUUGAAAUGGGCCCAGAUACUGUAUACACUGAACUAUUAUCAGUUGCUGUCAGUGUAGUGGAUGGCCGCAGCACACUUUUCACUGUGAAAUAUGUAUAUAGUCACUGGCACAUUCUUCAGUGCUUCACAGUAAUAUGUGGGGAGGUACUGUCAAACCCAGACAUUUCUAACAUUGUUGUAUCAGCUGAACCAUUUCUUGCUAUUUUGAGUAUUAAACUCCUGAAUACUUUGAGCAAAACAUGAAUAAAUAACUUCUAAGGGUCUGAAUUACAGUACUUUAAAAGUCAUUCAUAGCUCGUGUUUGUGCGCUGAAAAAAUUAUAUACACUUUUGCUUAUUUGUAUAGAAAUUAGUCACGUAUGAAUGCAGAAAGCACACAUACUCACAGGGUUUACAUGCUUCAAAAUGACAUGUUUACAGGGUGAAGUUUCACUGACCACAGAAGUGGAAGACAAGGACACUUACCUAAAAGUACUGAAACAACAAGACAGUUGAAAAACCUAUUAUGUGGCACCAUGAUGUGGAUUGCAGUACUAUUUAUGAUUGAUGACAAAUUGUCAUUUGGAUUUUAGUCUUUCAAGUGAAAAAUAACCAGAUUACUUUGUGUGUACUACAUAAUGGCUUAGAUGAAUACAAAAUGAGUUAUUUUUCUAAUACAGAUCAAAAUCUAGUAGUGUUUCCUUUUUUUCAUAUUUUUUUUUUUAACCUUUUUGUAUUGAUGUACAGUUUAAGGAUGAGAGGAAUGCAGUGAUGCUGGAUUCUGAAAAUGUGCUGCCAGACAGCUUCUUGUGCAGAGCAAUUCAGGACUGGAGAUGCAAUCAUCUAUGAAUACCAGGUCGUUGAAAAUGGAAGAAGAUGCACUGUGAGGAGUAGUUGCAAUAAGUAUUCUGUAUAAAGGAGCUGGCAAAUGGACACUAUUAGAUCAAGCUUGGAUUUGCACUGUAAUCUCUCAUGUUUUAGCAUAUGUAAACAUCAAAAACAUUUCACAUGAAACAAUAAA